UACCACAAAAGUUAUGACCAAUCAACGUGAUUUAAUAAGAAACUUAUAGACCGCUAAAAACCUAAAAUUUUUCCUCGUCUGUCUGAUAAAGAUUACAGUCAGAUAUAUAAAUAAUAUUUAGCCUAAUCAGUUUUUGAGACUCUCUUGCAACAUGUUGCUUGCCAAAUGUUGCAAGAAGCGUGCCAUAUUAAAUUCGCACUAAUCAAGAUAAAAAUCAAAAUAGAAUUUGACCGUAAUACAAUGCCAAUUCAAACGGGGAAGUCCAUAUCUUUUGACCAAAAAUAUAAAAGUAUAAAAGAGAUUGAUAUUUUCGUUAAGGCUAUUCAGUGUUGAUAAGUAGUCGAACAUGAAGUUAUAUUGGUUUUUAGUAGCUGCUAUCAUUCCUGUGAUUGCGGCUUUGCCGAGUUUAAUUCCACCAAGUUCUGUCACAACGGGAGAUUUGGUGGAAAAACAUGGAUAUCCUUUUGAGGAGCAUGAAGUUCAAACUUCCGAUGGAUACAUUUUGACCAUGCAUCGAAUUCCUUAUUCCGCACGUGUUGAAACUCCCGAACCACGACCAGUUGCCUUUUUGAUGCAUGGAAUUUUGUGCUCUUCAAGUGAUUGGGUUCUUUUGGGACCUGGUCUUGGUUUAGCCUACCUUCUAUCCGAUGCUGGUUAUGAUGUAUGGAUGGGAAAUGCUCGUGGUAACACCUACUCCAAAAGACACGCAACAAUGAUUCCUUAUUUGCCAAACUUCUGGAACUUUGAUUGGCAUGAAAUUGGAAUGAACGAUAUUCCAGCUAUGAUUGACUACGCUCUUUACGAAACCAAGCAAGAUCAAGUGAGCUACAUUGGCCAUUCUCAAGGAACCACAACUUUCUUGGUGUUGAGCUCAAUGAAUCCAAAGUUUAAGAAUCGCAUUAGGUCAGCACAUUUGAUUGCUCCUGUUGCAUUUAUGGAUAACAUGAAGUCUCCAAUUGUUAAACUGGGAGGUCCAUUGUUCGGAAAUCCAAAUAGUUGGAUCAAUAUCUUUGGCAACACUGAACUUAUGCCCAAUACAAGGUUACUCGAGCAAUUGGGUCAACAAAAUUGCAUGGAUACUUCAACGUAUCAAGCUUUGUGCUCAAAUAUGAUUUUCUUAUUCGCUGGUUUUGAUCAUGACAAUUUGAAUACUACUUUGAUUCCUGAAAUUUUGGCAACAACUCCAGCUGGAGCAUCGACCAAUCAGAUUAUUCAUUACGCUCAAGAAUAUGUUUCUGGUAAAUUCCGUCAAUUUGAUUUGGGCAGAGGUCACAGGAAACCCAAAGACUAUCCUCUAGACAAGAUUGAUGUGCCAAUCUUUUUGUACUACAGUGAAAACGAUUACAUGGCUUCAGUUGUAGAUGUUGAAAAAUUGAUGCGUAAACUUAAAAAGAAGACACUCAAGAGAGCUUACAAAGUACCUGAUCCAAAUUGGAACCACUUGAACUUCUUGUGGGGUUUGAAUAUUAAAGAACAGGUGUACAAUGCUGUUAUGGAAGAUAUUGAAUCAAUGAGAUAUCAGUGAACAGGAAUUUUGAAGCCAAGAUAAAGUCUUUUGUUUAAAAAAUGAAGU